AUGACUGAAUUCCUUUCCCCAGUGAUCCGGAACGAGAGUCAACCUUUCAUUCUACCGUAUCGUAACUAUCUUUUCAUGGAGAUAAAUGACUCGUCGACAUUUUGGACGGUCUGGACACUGCAAUUACCGAUGAUUUAUAUUCACACGCUUCACGGAAUUUUAGUCGCAUUCCUUUGUUGCGUCGUCCUCCACGUUUGUGGUAAAAUGGCUAUUCUGAGUUUUAGAAUAAAAAACAUCAGUUUAGAUAAAUGUCAAGAGUCCGAGUGCUCCAGAAGUAUUUUUCGUGACAUUGUGACCAAGCAUCAAGACAUUAUUCAAUUCUCCAAGGAUAUCGAAGGGAUUUAUGACAUAAUUCUCAUCGGAGAGCUGCUUUUCAGCAUGCCCAUAGUCGGUCUCACCUUGUACCUCGUUAUUUUGGUAUGCAAAAUCGAAGACAAGGCCAUUUGUAUUUCGUGUUUCUUCUACGUGUUAUCAGUGCUAUGGAUCCUCUAUGGUUACUGCGCUGCCGGAGAGUACAUGCUCGUCGAGAGUAAUAAACUGUAUAACGCAUAUUAUGAUUGCGAUUGGUACAAUUCCACCGAAUCUUUCAAAAAGCAAAUCUUGAUAUGCAUGAUAAAUUCGAAAAAACCUACUUGCUUGAAUGGAGGUGGCGUCUACGUAUUUUGUCUUGAAGGCUACACCGGUAUACUCAAAACUACUGCUGGCUAUGUCUCUAUGUUGAGGAACAUUACUUAG